AUGCAUUCUCUAAAGGACUGCUUUUGUUUGAAGAAAACUAGACAUCUGCUUGAGACCCAUGAUACUCUUGCUUCUGAAACUUGUUUUAGUGUGAAUGAUGUGGAGGCCUUAUAUAUUCUAUACAAGAGACUAAGCAGCUCCAUAAUUGAUGAUGGUCUUAUUCACAAGGAAGAGUUUCUCCAAGCACUUUUCAGCUGCAGCCAUAGGCAGAAUCUUUUUGCAGAUAGAUUGUUUGACGUAUUUGAUCUUAAGCGUAAUGGAAUUAUUGAAUUUGGAGAAUUUGUUCGAUCCUUAAGCAUAUUCCAUCCAAAGGCUCCUCAACAAGAUAAAAUCACAUUUGCAUUUAAAGUGUACGACUUGAAGAACACUGGAUACAUAGAACGCGAUGAGCUGAAGGACAUGGUAUUGGCUGUUCUCGAAGAAUCAAAAUUGACACUUGCAAAUGAUGCCAUUGAAGCAAUCGUCCAUAAGACAAUUGAAGAGGCAGAUCUAAAUGGUGAUGGACGGAUUGAUCCAAAGGAGUGGAAGGAAUUAGUUACGAGAUAUCCUUCUUUGAUAAAGAAUAUGACACUCCCAUACUUAGAGGAAGUAACUGUACUAUUUCCAUGCUUUGUCAUGACAAGUAAAGUUCGCGACUCACAAUUGGUAUAUGGAAACUAA